UGACACUGGGAGUCACAUUGACCGCUUUUGCCAAAACUUUUACUCACUUUAUGAUAAGCUUCGGACUGUUAACAUAAAUAUUAUGAAAUAAAAUGGACGGUGUGUUUAUGUUCACAAAUUCCUCGAAGAGAGAGAUUAGUUUGAUCAGAAAAUAUAUGGUAAUUAUAUUGGAAUAAGCACUUUAUACUUAAUUACCAUGUACCUAAAGCAAUUAACGGAGUUUGUCACAUUUUGUGUUUUGAGAUUGAUCACUUUCCCUUUUAUUUGGUUAUAAAACUAACUGUAUUGACAACAAAUUGUAUGUUUUUUUGAAAAUUCGAAUUUAAAUAAGGGGAUAAUUCUGGUUUACAAAUAAACUAUAAGAAAAUGCCGAAUUUAGUUUAGAUGCAUACAUGUAGUAUUCUUGGGGCAGAAGUGGGGAUUAAAAAGAGGGGGGCCGAGGGUAGAGCGCUUCUCAGGCCUCUGGUCCUUGGGUCCUUUGUAGAAAAGUACUAGAGGCAGUUUAGACAUUGGAAUUGGAGGCUUCGUAUGUAUGCAAAAUGAAAACUAUUGAUACGGAUGGGUGGUUCAGCAGCCAAUUUACUUACAACUUUACGUCUCAUGAUUGAAUCAGUUGUCAGCUGAACACAAUUGUUCUAAUAGGAGAUGUACUAUAAAUAAAGUUUACUAUCAUAAUUUUUAAUUUUUUACAAAGUGUACACUAAAAAUACAUCAUUUUCUUUUUGCCGCUUUGGGCCUCUGACGAGCUUAAUUCGCCAUUUGGGGGGACGGUGCACUUUUUUUUGUAUAGGGAUAUAACUUCAACUUUAUUUAAUUGAUUUAUUUUUGUAAGGCAUUUCCGUUUCUUAAUGUUUAUAAAUCUCGCAAAUACGAGUGCAGUUAUUUGCAGUACCUAAUGCAUGUAUGAAAUUUUUUACAUUUUUUAUUAUAAUUUGUUUUAAUUCUUGAUUAUAUCUUAAAUCUGCAGUGAAAAUUUAAAGUAUAUCUACAAUUCGCAUAAUUUAAUUGCCUUAAUGGUUUUAUUAGCUUUAGGAAUGGGUUUAGGUAUGUCAUCCUACAGUCUAGCUUUAAAUACGUACUUUUUAAAAAAUCGCGGUAAAGCCACAGGAAUAGCAUUCACAAUCACGGGACUGGGUCCUAUAGGCAUGCCGCAGCUUAUUAGCAUGUUAAUGAACACUUAUGGAUCUAGAGGAGCGGUCUUGGUUUUAGCAGGAAUUGCCGCCCAUACGUUCCCAGCUUCUUUUCUAUUACAACCAGUUAAAUGGCAUUGGAAGUACGAAGAAACGGAAGAGAAGACUCAACACAAUAACAAUAUUAAAAACAAUGAGGCGGAAGUACCGUUUCUGGAAAGUGAACCUCAACAAUCACCACCAAGCGAAAUAUUUUACAGUAUCUCUACUACUUCUGUUGAUAAAAUAUCACUAGAGCAUCCCUCUCCACUUUAUGUAGGACAAAGUUUACCAUCCCUAAGUGAAGGUUAUCCUCUAGAACCUACCAAGACAAAGUGGUGGUCCUCUCAAUCAAUACCGUCAAUCAAUUUAGCGAGUUCGGUUAAAAUUUUUGAAGAAAAAGAAAAGAGACUGUCAGUCGUAAGUGCACAGAAACAAAACGACGACAGAGAGAAAAAGUAUUCGUCCUUAAAGAAAAUUGACGAAGACAAAGAAUCCGCAAAAAGUAAGGACACUUUUUGCAAUCCUGAUGAGAGUGUGCAGAGGAAAAAGGAAUCCUGUUUUAAAAAAUUGAUGGAAAACAUAAUACACACAUUCGAUCUAAGACUUUUAACUGAUAAAGUUUAUUUGAACAUAAUGUUCGGCAUUUCGCUAGCAGUUUUUGCAGAAAUGAAUUUUGCUAUGUUGACGCCCUUUAUGUUGGCAGAAUUUGAUCUGCAGACUUCUCAGAUAGCAACGUUUAUGUCGAUAAUAGCCGUAACGGAUUUGAUUUUUAGAUUUAUCUCACCAUUCAUCGGAGACUUUUUGAAGAAAACACCGAGAAUUAUGUACCUGAUUAGUUUGAUUAUGCUAAUUGCAGUUAGAUUUGCUUUUAUUAUCGUGCUGGACUACAAAGGGCUGUUAGUGGUAGCAGCGUUCUUGGGAAUAGCAAAGGGUGUUAGGACAGUAUAUAUGACUCUUGUUAUUCCUAGUCAUGUUCCUCUAGAAAGAUUGGCUUCCGCUUCCGGAAUACAAAUGGUAACAAACGGAUUCGUUUUUAUAUUCGGAGGACCUUUAAUUGGUUUCAUUAGAGAUGUAUCAGGAACUUACCGAAAUUGUGUGAUGUUAAUGAAUUUAUUUACAUUCAUUACAAUACUUAUGUGGACUGGAGAAAUGACGUACAGACGAAUAAAGUCUUCCAAAGCGAAAACAACAGAAAAUGAACAAACUUAAAAUUAAUUAUGAAUUUAAUGGGUACCAUGUACUAACAU